AUGGCGGCAUCUCGUCGCGGGCACCCGGCCCUUUCCGUACGGUUCCCACAGCUCACCGCCUCAGGACUUUUGCCCGACCUGCCCCUCAUAUCCGCCCUCUUCCUCAUAGAUUUUGACGUCAAGGCCGGUUACACAAUUGUCUGGAAACGCGCCGUACCAGGUCUCGACCUCGAAGGCACCGUCGAAUACAAGAGCUUGCCCUCGGGUCUGCACACGGUGCCCGACGACCUUAUAUACUUUGUCCAUGAUGGCGGCCAUGCCGGCCUCAGCGCCUUCGUCAACACGCCCACCGACGAGGAAGAAACCCGCCACGCGCGCAUGAUCGCUGUCGGCAUCCUCGUGCCUCUGAGCUAUGGCCGGCUCGGGAGAGCCUGGCGUCACGCCGAGGCAUUGAAGGCAAUUGCCGCCGAAUUGGCUGCGGAUCGGAAACGAACGCAGCUUUUGGAGGAGUACUGGGAGAAGAACGGCGCUCGCGAGACAUCGGUGCUCCAGCCAUUGAAGGAUACUCCGCUGGCUUCACCUGUCCUCAGCGUCAAAACGAGCCGUCCCGGACUGGGCAAAGGCCAUGCAAGGAGUCGGUCUGCCUCAGACGGCGCCGCCUUGAUCCCCCCCGGCCAUACGCUGUCUCCGUUUCACCCGGCCUGGAGCCUCACCUCGCUAUUGGACACGUUUGGUCCCUUGAUCUUUCCCAUUCACCGCGCCGCUCUGCUGCGCAAGCGCAUCUUGAUUUCUUGUCACGCGCCAGUGCACGAGAUUUGCAACUUUGUCUACGAUAUCUCCGUCUUGUCAAACAUCCCUUCAUCCGUCUGCGACGUAAUAGACCCCUCUGCUCCGGUCCAGCGCCUGCGGCCACUCUUCACCAUCGGCGUGCACGACAUAUCCUAUCUACUAGAGCAUCAAGCCGCGCUAAAGCGGGCCAGCCAGGCGGACAAUCACGACGAUCCAAUCAACCUCGACGACGCCAGCUCGGGAUGGGUGGCAUGCACCACCGACAGCAUCCUCGCCAUGAAGGACGGCCUCUGGGAUAUGUUGAUCACCAUGCCCCCAGCCUACUCCUCCAACGCCAAGCAACGUGUCUGGCCAACCGUAGAAUGCCCAAAGGGCGUCCCGGUCAAAGCAACGCAGCGCGACCUCCGCCGCUUUCGCUCCCUCACCAUUGGUCUCAGCCGGCUGGCCGCGGCAACAUCAGCCUCGGUCCAUCCCCACCCCAACCCUACAUCCGACACGCGGAGCCUGCGCUCGGAAACGAGCGACGCCGUUUCUACUCCCGCAACCCCAGCCAUCCGCCUGUCCUCGUCCUCCCGACCGGGAACGGCUACCCAGGACCCGCACCGCCACCAUGCAACAAGAAGCCUGUCAAUAGCCGGUCCAGGCGCCUCGGCCGACUACGCCGAGACGGAGGCCAUCGUCGAACCCACCACCUGGGCUGCGCUCGCGUACAACGGCUUUAUGUGGUGGGCCUCGGCGGGCGAGAAACGUCACGGUGACGAGGUUGACGAGCACAGCCAUGACGCCGCGCUUCUGGCCGGGUUGGCGCCGCUGUCACCUGUCAUGGCACCCGCUGUUGCUGGGGGUCAGAAAAAGACCAGUUUUGGCGACAGCGGCGCGGAGAGCGGUAGCUUACCCCAUGACAGUCGCGGUGAGGGAAUGGUGGAUUCGUGGGGCCAGCUUACCCCUGGGCAGCGGCGGUUGGGAGGUGGCGAUGCUACGGAAGGGGAAGGGGACGAUGGGGAGGGCGAAGAAGAGGACGAGCGAGGGGAUGAUGAAUGCCAGGCUCGACUUGAGCUGGCGGUGGUAGCGUACUUCCACCGUUUGACCACCAAUGUGUUAUCCGUCCUGGCGGAUAUUGUCGACUCGGCGGAUGACGAUGAUCUGUUGGAUCUGGCACCGGGACUGGGGAUAGGCGGGGAGUUUGAUGGCGAGGGGGCUGGAGCCCGCUCAGUUUCUCGUGCUUCGCUGAGCGAAGAGGAAGGCAGCAGCGAAGAGGCAAGGCUACUGGAUACUGGGAACAGUAGGGGGUGGGUGAGGGUCGAUAGUGAUGCCCUUGCCCAAAUGGGGCUGGAUGUGUGGAGCCAGGCCGAUGCCGACUUUGUGCGCGAGGUUACGGCCAGGUAUUUCUCCCGCCGGGCGUAUGUUGAGACCAAGGGGGUUGAGAUAUGCGGCGUGAAGAUAUGCUAA